CCCUCCACUAGUCGCCGCUGGCGAGCCGUUAGCCUCCCUCGGCUAGUCGCUCCAAGCUAACCGUCAAUGGCGGUCCUGGAUGCUACAACGCCGCUGGAAAAUGCAUUCGGAGGUAAAGCCGCCUGGCCGGCAGAUACAAAACGUCUUUUAUAAAUGAACAUUCGUGUUUUUGUACGUGUUUCGUGACGACAUGCCGGACUGGAGCGUCGUAAAAAGGACAACGAAGGUUUAGCCCGCAGCUAGCCUAGCCGGCUAGGGGCUGCGUUGUUUUUUUAAAACAUUUUUUUUAUUUUUUUGCCUCCGCUCCACUUCCGCCGCCAUGUUCGAGACGGAGACCCACGUUUCGUGCCUUUUCCCCGAGAUCCUGGCCAUCAUUUUCAGCUACCUGGAGGUGAAGGACAAAGGCCGGGCGGCGCAGGUGUGCGCGGCCUGGCGAGACGCGUCCUACCACAAGUCGGUGUGGCGCGGCGUGGAAGCCAAGCUCCACCUGCGCCGCGCCAACCCCUCGCUCUUCCCCAGCCUGCAGACGCGCGGCGUCAAGAAGGUGCAGAUCCUCAGCCUGCGCCGCAGCCUGAGCUACGUGAUCCAGGGCAUGCCGCACAUCGAGAGCCUCAACCUGUGCGGCUGCUUCAACCUGACGGACAACGGCCUGUGCCACGCCUUCGUGCAGGACAUCCCCUCCCUGCGGGUGCUCAACCUCAGCCUGUGCAAGCAGAUCAGCGACUCCAGCCUGGGCCGCAUCGCCCAGUACCUGAAGAACCUGGAGGUGCUGGAGCUGGGCGGCUGCAGCAACAUCACCAACACGGGCCUGCUGCUGGUGGCCUGGGGCCUGCACCGGCUGCGGAGCUUGAACCUGCGCAGCUGCCGCCACGUGUCGGACGUGGGCAUCGGGCACCUGGCGGGCAUGACGCGCAGCGCCGCCGAGGGCUGCCUGGCGUUGGAGAAGCUCACCUUGCAGGACUGCCAGAAGCUCACCGACCUCUCGCUCAAGCACGUCUCCAAGGGGCUGGGCCGGCUCAAGGUGCUCAACCUGAGCUUCUGCGGCGGGAUCUCGGACGCCGGCAUGAUCCACCUGUCCCACAUGACGCACCUGUGCAGCCUCAACCUGCGCUCCUGCGACAACAUCAGCGACACGGGCGUCAUGCACCUGGCCAUGGGCUCGCUGCGCCUCUCGGGCCUGGACGUGUCCUUCUGCGACAAGAUCGGCGACCAGAGCCUGGCCCACAUCGCCCAGGGACUGGACCGGCUCAAGUCGCUGUCGCUGUGCUCCUGCCACGUCAGCGACGACGGCAUCAACCGCAUGGUGCGGCAGAUGCACGAGCUGCGGACGCUGAACAUCGGGCAGUGCGUGCGCAUCACCGACAAAGGCCUGGAGCUCAUCGCCGACCACCUGGGCCAGCUGACGGGCAUCGACCUGUACGGCUGCACCAAGAUCACCAAGCGGGGCCUGGAGAGGAUCACCCGGCUGCCCUGCCUGAAGGUCCUCAACCUGGGCUUGUGGCAGAUGACCGACAGCGAGCGCUUGAGGUAGAGGCGGUUGCCAUGGACACCAAACAUUUCACCGGACAGCUACCACAGCAGUGCCUAAUUAGCAACAUGACGUCGUCUAUUUUUACAAAGUAAUAAUCAGUCUAAUUCCUAAACAGUAUUUUUCUAACAAUAUCUUUUUCAAGGGGAAUAAAUAACGUCGGUACUUCAAAUUGAAGUGGACACAUGUCACAUUCCACAGGAUGAGAAGGAAAAAGUACGACUUGCGAUGGCUUCCUUGACGGAUUAUGCAAGAACAAACUCUUGGAAACGAGCUCUCAGUAAUCUCAAGAGUAUUUCUUUUAAGUAAACAGUAAUUUAAGAUGGUUUUAUAUUCAUACUGUAGUGAUAUUUAUAAAUAAAAAUGGCAAAUAUGUUUCA